AUGCAUCUGAUAUUCGACUUUGACGGCACCAUUACUCAGCAAGAUACAAUCGGCGAGCUUGCGCGGUCAGCCAUUGAGCUACAGAGACGGAUCAGCGGGGACGACCUCCAAGCCUCGUGGGACCAAGUGGUUCAAUCUUAUGUCGACGACUACCGGAGCUACAAAAAGAGUCACCCCGCUCAGGAAGACACUCGUACUUGUGUCGACGAUGAGAUUCACUUUCUUUCGGGCUUGAAGGACGUCGAGGAGACUUCCUUGUCACGUGUCGCAGAGUCUCGAAUCUUUGCUGGGCUAGACGCCGAGAUAUUGUCGCAAGCCGGUGCCGACGCUGUCAAAGAGGGAAGAAUCAAGAUCAGACAAGGCUUUCCUGAGAUUAUCAGCCUGGCAAACGAGCGAGGAUGGAGCGUGAGCGUCGUGUCAGUGAAUUGGUCACGCGCUUUUAUCCGCGGAGCUCUUCGGCCACACAUCCUUGACGUUGUCGCCAACGAACCUGCAGCCGAUGGUUCCAUCACGGGCCCAGAGUUUCUAAAGGGCCGAAUGACGAACGCCUGUGAGAAGCUCGAGGCCCUGGAGCAUUUGGUCAAGGAGAAGGAUGGCAGGAUGGUUUACUUUGGAGAUUCGACGACGGAUAUGAAGUGCCUGCUGAGAGGAGGAGUUGUUAUUUCAGAUGAGGACGAUUCUUCUUUGUUAAAGACGCUGCGGAGGGUGGGAGUUUCUGUUCCGCACGUUGGCGAACAAGCUGCUGACGUUAAGGUAUCUUGGGCAAGGGACUUUCAGGAGACCUUUGAGCCGUCGCCAAAGAUGUGCCAGUACUCACAAUCCGUCUUCAGCUGCUACCACAAGCGCUGGGGUCUCCGAAUGAAGCUCUGCAAAGAGGCCGAAGAUUUCAUCGCCGGAAAGACUAAAUGCGAUUGUGGUAUCCAAAUGCCUUACCCGCCAACAUCACGGAAGUUGCAGUGCAGUUGCAGAGAGUGCGGCCCGAUUGAUGCGAAGAUUGCUAAGGCGAGGAAGAUGAUUGGGAGUAUCCGAGAGACCUUGGAGGAAGUCGAGAGGAAAAGGGAAGAGGAGAAGAAGGAGAGUGUUAAUCACGGUGAAGAUGAUGAGAGUGAUGAGGAGGAAGAGAAGGAGGUUGCAAGUCAAGGCCAAAACGACGAGAACAGUCAAUGCGAGAAGAGUCAACAGACAACAGAGGAAAUGGAACCAAGAAACGAAGAGGACCAACAACAUGGUAUAAGCCAACCUCCGAUCUAG